GUCCCCGCGAGUGGCGCGUCGCGCGCACGUCCCCGCACUUAACCUCUGCGCGCCCGGCGCGGUGCAGGCGGCGGGGAGCGCGAUCGUGCAGCCGUAGCCCGGCCGACCAUGACUUGCUAUCGGGGCUUCCUGCUGGGCAGCUGUCGGCGCGUGGCGGGUGGCCGGGCGGCUCUGCGGGGCACGCGCGCGGAUGGGCGGCGGCACCUGGGGCACGGGCAGCCGCGCGAGCUGGCGGGCGGCGGGAGCCCGGCCGAUGGCGGCUUCCGCCCCUCACGGGUGGUGGUGGUGGCGAAAACCACCCGCUACGAGUUCGAGCAGCAGCGGUACCGCUAUGCCGAGCUCUCGGAGGAGGACCUGAAGCAGCUGCUUGCACUGAAAGGUUCCAGCUAUAGCGGGCUCCUUGAGCGACAUCAUAUCCACACCAGAAACGUAGAGCAUAUCGUCGAUAGUUUGCGGGAUGCAGCGAUUGAGGUUCGCCUGGUAAAGCGGAGGGAGUACGACGAGGAGACUGUGCGAUGGGCGGAUGCCGUCAUCGCUGCAGGAGGUGACGGCACGAUGCUUCUGGCUGCGAGUAAAGUUCUGGACAGACUUAAACCUGUCAUUGGGGUCAACACUGAUCCGGAACGGUCUGAAGGUCACUUAUGUCUGCCUGUCCGGUACACACAUUGCUUCCCUGAAGCCUUACACAAGUUCUCUCGUGGUGAGUUCAGGUGGUUAUGGAGGCAGCGCAUCAGGUUGUACCUGGAAGGGACCGGCAUAAACCCCACUCCCGUGGACCUUCAUGAACAGCAGCUGAGCCUGAAUCAACACAGCCGAGCCUUUAACAUCAAAAGAGUUGAUGACGAAAGAUCCGAGGCUUCGGGACCUCAGCUUUUGCCAGUGAGAGCACUCAAUGAAGUCUUCAUUGGGGAGAGUCUGUCAUCCAGAAUGCCUUAUUGUUGGGCUGUAGCAGUGGACAAUUUAAGAAGAAAUAUACCCAAUCUAAAGGGACUGGCUUCCUACUAUGAGAUUUCAGUAGAUGACGGCCCUUGGGAAAAGCAGAAGAGUUCAGGGCUCAACUUAUGUACUGGAACAGGAUCAAAGGCCUGGUCAUUCAAUAUUAACAGGGUUGCAGCUCAGGCCGUUGAAGAUGUUUUAAAUAUUGCAAGACAACAAGGAAAUCUGACUCUUCCAUUGAACAAAGAAUUGGUAGAAAAAGUAACAAAUGAAUAUAAUGAAUCACUGCUCUACAGUCCAGAAGAACCAAAAAUACUUUUCAGUAUUCGAGAGCCAAUAGCAAACAGGGUUUUCUCAAGCAGCCGUCAGCGUUGUUUCUCCUCAAAAGUCUCUGUUCGGUCUCGGUGUUGGGAUGCCUGCAUGGUUGUGGAUGGAGGAACGUCUUUUGAGUUUAACGACGGAGCAAUUGCUUCGAUGAUGAUCAAUAAAGAAGAUGAGCUUCGAACUGUGAUUCUAGAGCAGUGAAGGAUUUCCUCAGAUGAUGGAUUUGAUCACUAGAAGGCAGCUUUUUUCCUGCAGAUACAGAUGAGCAGCCGUAGACCGACCUUACUCUGGUUCUUACUGACUGGCUACCCAUAGAGUCAAAGUGGCAGCGGGCCCUCCUGCUGCUGUGCUCCGCUCUCAUAAACAAAUGCUGUUCACUGCGUGACAGGCGGGUGGACUGGGUAGAUUGGAAUUACGUAGGUGAAAUUCCUGUCCUCUUACAGUUGGUAACCAGGGCCACCGACACUCUUUAGAGAGGCAGGGAAAGUAAAGGGUUAAGUAUCUAGGAUUGGAAACUUAACUGUACAAGUGUUAUUUUCUUCCUAACUUUAUGGAAUUGGCCAUGUGUAUCAUUUGAUUAGUACAUUAUUUUUAUAGUUUGUAAAAGUAAAGAUUUUUAAAAAUUUUGAUGAUGGAGAAUUUUGAUAAAUCCUGAUGUUGACUUAACUGAAGUUGGUAAAUGUGUUUUCUAUAUGCUAAGAAUUUUCUAAAUCCAGGAAACAAUGAUGAAAUCACCAUUGAUUGAAAAAAAUGGAAUCAUUUUUAAAAUUAUUUGUACAUGAAUUCUGACUCGUUUUGGUUAAUGUCAGCAAUGCUAGAAGAAAUACACUUAUUGGGACAAACUAUGAUGCUUUGUAGCUGCAUUAAUUUUCCAUAGCAGUUAUUGUUCAGACUUUUUUUUGAAAGAUAACUUGAGUCCAAUAGCCCCUUUCCUUUUUUCAAAUCUCGAAUGUAAAUGCAUAGGUUAGAAGGCUAACCAGUGAGUAUGUUCUGUUAGUUCAGGAAGAUGUUCAAACAAGCCUUCCUUUGUUAUUAGGGUUGUCAGCAAGGGAAUGGACUCUUUAAUAAAUUAAUACCCA